CCUGUGAGAAACACCCACUGUCAGUCACAGCUCACCUUGAUCACCAGGGUUUAUGGCUCUGCAUUCUUUACAGCGCAAUUCUAAAGGUGAUUGUCCAAGAGGGGAAAUCAGUGGACCUUAAACUUUGGGUCAGCCUGCUGAUAAAAUUGAGCAGUCAGUUUCUUCCUUGACGGGAGAAAUCUUGCUUUUGUUGCGCCGUUGCUGCUGGAGCUGAUACUUCUUUCACCUCAGCUACCACUACAUAAAUUAGCUGAAAUCUUCAAAAGAAGAGGAGACAACAGAAAAAUUUGAAAAGGAUAUGGCUCAGAGAAGAGUGCAGAAUAAAGAGGUCAUCCCCUGCCUCGAUGUCCACUGCCCAAAAGACUCUUACAUUUUUAAAGUAGUUCUUCUGGGAAGCACCUCUGUGGGAAAAACAAGUUUAGCCUACCGUUAUGUGAAAAAAGGCUUCCAGGACUCCCUGCCUACUGUGGGCUGUUCCUUCUUCACUCAAGUUCUAAGUUUGGAUAACACCACAAUAAAGUUUGAGAUCUGGGACACUGCAGGCCAAGAGAAAUACCAUAGUGUCUGUCAUCUAUAUUACAGAGGAGCUAAUGCUGCUGUUCUGGUUUAUGAUAUUACUAGGAAGGAAAGUUUGGAGAAAGCAAAGGUGUGGCUGAGGGAACUGGAAAAGGAAUUCCUUCCCGAUGAAAUAAUUAUAGCUUUGGUUGGCAAUAAACUAGACCUUUCUGCUAAACGGGAGGUCACACUACAGGAGGCAAAGGAUUUUGCACAAAUGAAAGACCUGGUUUACAUGGAAACAUCUGCAAAAUCUAAUCACCAGGUGACAGAACUGUUCAUGACUCUAGCUCGUGAAUUGUUAAAAGAAGAAAAACAGAAAGAGAAGACAUUUCAAACAACACAAUGGAAAAAUUCGCAUGUUGACCUGCGAGAAACACGUUUUCACCAAACGAAAUGCUGCCAGGCUCUCUGAUAUUAGUUUUUCUUUGCUGUUGGAGCGGUUGUGAUAAAAAAAAUGAAACAUCCCACCUCACCUCAGAGGGUUUACUCUGUUUUAGGCCUUUCCUUUUCACUGUUAGAUGGAGGAUGUUUAAAAGUGCUGAUGGGUAUGUGUGUGUUAGCAAUUACUUCCAGAUUGUUUGUAAUGGUUUUGAUAGUAUAUUUUCUUUUUUGUAUCUAAAUGUAUGUAGAUUAUCAGAAUAAAG